GAACGACGAGAAGACGGCGGCCGAUUACAAGAUCCAGGGCGGCUCCGUCCUCCAUCUUGUCCUGGCUCUGCGAGGGGGCGGGGCCUGGCUCUGA